GGAAAUAAUUUCUUUGCACGAAGUACCAAGCAGUUCCUUUACAUUAUGAGACAAAGGCGUCAAUUUUCUUUUCUUCUAUCAUGAUACGUCAAACGUUGGCAAUAUAUACUUUGACGCUGGAAAGCGUUAUCGUCAAAUUAAACUGGCGAACGAACGAAUUCGCCAAUGAGAAAGGACAUAAUAAGCUACUUACGUAAAUGGGAACCGUGAAUUUUAACAUGAAGGAUAUCUGUACUUACUGAAUCCCGAUCGCUCCGAUACGACCCAGAUCCUAUAAAUGAUACAUCCUGUACUGGUCAUAUCAAAGGAGAAAAGAGGGGAGUGUGUGAUAAAGCUCGACGAAGGGAGGAGACAGGAUGUUCUCGAUCGUUAAAGCGCCACAGCGCCCCGCCACGUGAUCCUCACGCCCAAGAUUAUUCUACGGUUAUCAAUAACUGGUAUUCUCAUAAAGAGUAUAAGAUACUGAAAAAUUAAUUUCAUAAAAUAAACUCCUAUCAGUAAGAAGAAAUUUAGUGAAAUACAUCAAAGAACUGUAACUGUAGAUGUCUAUCACAUCGUUUAUUUAUUUAACUCCUCGCCAAGAGGGACCGAAAAUGAUAUAUAUUACAAAUAGCUCUAGCAAGCAUGAUUCACAACAAAUCGAUUGCCUUGUGCAAAUAAAAUGUCCACAUGGACCUAACGGCACCAACUUUAGGAUCAUAACUUAUCAUCGGUUUUCGUCAUUUGACGAGAACAAUAGUUAUAUAAAAAUCGUGAAGAAUCGGAGAUGACACCUGUUUCUCCACAGAAUGGAGAACCUGAUUUGUCUGAUCAAGCCUACCUUGGUUGAAGGUCGCCGUUGGAGGGAUAUAAAUAAAAGUAGAGUGGAUGUAUGAUUGUGAUUGUGUAGCUGGACUCCCCUCGCAUUGAGCGGCGGGCUCCAUUCAUGAUUUCCCCGCGCACGCGUCCUAUCAUCCCUUGACAUGGAAAACUCUUCCGCCGAGUAUAUAGGUGCUGGACUACGUAGCUGCAUGUACACGUACGCUCUGGAGGAGGUGGCUACGAUUAAACCGUCUGCGUCCUGGAAUGCCGCUACAGCGCGGUAGAGAAUCAGUUGCUACUUCUUGUUUCAUCUUGGCCUUCUACGGACAACUUCUUCUUAGCAAAGGUAUAGUUAUCACGACCAGACAACAAUUCCAUAUUGAAUUUCCCGAAGCGUUUCAAUUACACAGCUACAGCACCAUGGAUUACAAUCAUAAUUCUAGAUCAAAUUACUAUUUUCAUACUCCAAACAACUUUCCACGAAAUUUCACAGGAUUGGAAGAUCAGAAUGCAGAACUUCUUAGGUUGACCAAUGCAUACCAGUGGCCGGUUAACGCAUCCGGUUAUUCUAGCACAAGUCCACCAGGCACUAAUGCAUCGUCCCCAAACAGUGUGAUCUCUCCACGCGGUUACACUGCAUCCCCAGAAAAUAAUCACAUGGAUUCAUUGAUUAACACUUUACUACAAGUCUGUAGCGAUAAUUUGACUGCACCAACUUCCCGCAGAGUUCAAUUAUCACAAGCUAACAGUAGAUGCAGAAAUUGUACUGACAUACCUUGCGAUAGGUGCUCUAGGCGUCAGCAUUUGAAUCCUUCGGACGCAGGCAACGGGGGCGAACAUGCCCUGAUGCAAGAUAUAUCGGAAAUACUAGACCCUGCAAUCAUUAAUCUAAAUUUUCAUUCUUCACGAACGCCAUUUUACUGUGAUAUUCACCGUGAUGGUCAGAAAUUUUGUCAAACUUGUUGCACGCCUAUUUGUACUACUUGUGGAUUCCAACUUCAUCACAACCAUGUUACAGUUGAUUUGAACGAUACCAUUGAACUAGCUUGCGUUCAAGCGGAUCAAGUACUGAAAGAAACUAGGCUUGGAAUUUCGGCCCUCAGGGAUGAAUUAGAUGACGUGCAAAUAGCGGCAGAAAUGUUAGAACAGAAAGCAAGACAAGCAGCUGCAGAUUUGACGAUAUGCAUGAAAAGAAUAAUUGCCACUUUAGAGAUAAGAGAAAGAGAGCUGUUAAAUAGAAUCGAAAAAGCCAGAACUCAAAAACAUGCUGCGCUACAGCAAAGAGACGAUGGGAUCAGAAAUGGAAUAAUCCGACUAACUCGAGCUGCUGAUAAACUUAAUGAAGUUAUAGAGAAUAGAAAUGUUAUUAAAAAUCCAUUGAGUCUAACGCUUACCAAAGAUAUGGUUUCGGCUGAGGUUUUCCAAAUACGUCAGACCUAUCGAAAUCUUCCAUCUCAUGAAGAAAACUGGAUCUCUUUCAAUAGUUCAGAGACAAAUAUAAUGGGCGCUAUAGCGAAUUUUGGAAACAUUAUAGUGAAUAAUCCGGGAUCUAUAGGCGAUCGACGAGCUAUGAGAAACAGUGAAAAUGCGUCAGCUCUGUUGGAAUAUAGAUUCUCUUUUUUAUCAAUUUCAUCAAUUCCACCAAUUGAAGAAAAACCAGCUGCUUUAAAUAAGUACCCUGUCGUAGUUAAAUUAAAUCAAAGUUCUGAUGCGUCAGUGAAACCUAUAAAAAUAAUUGGAAACACCAGUAAUAUUGAUGAUAAUUUGUGCCGACCAUGGGGCGUAGCAUGCGAUAGAGAAGGACAUCUGAUCGUUGCAGAUAGAUCAAACAAUCGUAUUCAAAUAUAUAGUCAAGAUGGUUCCUUGUUAAGAAGAUUUGGUUCAUAUGGUACCGGACCAGGACACUUUGAUCGUCCGGCUGGCGUAGCCGUCGAUUUACGUCACCGUAUAAUUGUAGCUGACAAAGAUAAUCAUCGUAUACAGAUUUUCACGAUGGAAGGCCUAUUUCUUCUAUGUUUCGGCGAAAAAGGCAGCCGCUGUGGUCAAUUCAAUUAUCCAUGGGAUGUGGCUGUGAACUCCGAAUGCCAGAUAGUCGUGUCCGACACUAGAAAUCAUCGCGUCCAAUUAUUCAGUGCUGAGGGCAUUUUCCUACGAAAAUACGGCUACGAGGCCUCGCCGAAUAUGUGGAAGCAUUUUGAUUCACCGCGCGGCGUUGCUUUCAAUCCCGAAGGCAAGGUCGUUACCACUGAUUUCAAUAAUCACAGAGUAGUGAUCAUCGAUGCUGAUUUCGUAAACGCUCAUAUUUUCGAGUGCAAGGGCACUGGUAGCAACAAACAGUUCCUGAGACCACAAGGUCUGGCGAUUGACGACGAAGGAAACAUUAUCAUAGCUGACUCUAGAAACCAUCGAAUACAGAUAUUCGACUCGUCUGGUAUAUUGAUAAGGCGAUUCGGCAGCUACGGUAAGGGCGAUGAAGAAAUGGACAGACCAUCAGGUAUAUCUUUAUGCCCCGACGGUAGAAUCGCUGUCGUAGAUUUUGGUAACAAUCGUCUCCUUCUUAUUUAAACGACCAAUCGGUUCUAGGAAUAGGAAAGGGGAUGGUGGAAAGAAGGCGGUAGUAAAAAUAAGAUUUUAUAUAUGGGGGAUAAAGAAAAAAAAAAAAAAAUUACGCGACACAAAAAUUGCGAACACAACUGUUGUUCUGUAUUUUAGAAGUAAGCGUGUGACGCUAUAGUCAGACAAAGCAUUAUUAAAGCCAUAUUUUCCUACUGAUUAUAUAUUUUAUGAAAAUCCGUAUAGAUUCUUUUCGAAACUUCGGAUUGUAUAUGUGCCAAAUACACAAGUACAAAAAAAGAAAAUUAAAAACUUAGAAAGAAACUUUCAGAACUUUUCGUUCUGAAACCAUAUCGCUAUGGAUGUUCUCAUCUGUGGUGAAUAAAUGCAGAACGUAGAAAUAACGUUUCUCUAUAGAUGUUCCUUUUGGAGAGGAAUAUUAUUCUUACGUAUUUACCGUUGUCUGCGAAUUUAUGGAUAACAACAGAAAACGAAAAAUGUCGCAGUGAUUAAUGAGUAUAGUUACGGCAAUAAUAAUUUCUUUGCAAUAAAAUAUUAGGAAAUUUAAAUUUUUAUAAACGAAAAAGUUUUGUGAUAUAAAAUGCUGGUCAUUUGAAAUUUGAAUUUUUUAAUUUUAUAAACGGUAGCGUUGUUUUAUAAUUUAUUUUUACUCGUAAACGAAUUUUAACAGAAAUUAAAUUGUUCAUCCAUUCUUUCGGUGGAAAUAUUUAUUAUCAGAUCGGAUCGGAAGUUUGAGAGUAACACAAGUGGUACAACUAUAUAUACAAGUAUACUAUAUGUACUUGUAUACUAAGUAUACAAGUGAUAUAACUAUAUAUAUAUAUAUAAAGAAAAUAGUUGUCAUUUCCAUUGAAAAUGUAACUAUUUUCUCUGGUGUAGUAGAUAUUUCGUAACAAAGAGACAGAAAUUCUACUUCUACAGCUUGCAUUAGCUUUACUUUCGAAAUUUUCCGCCAUCCAUAAUGUUUUUUUUUUAAAAAAAAAAUCAUUAUUAUAUAACGAUAGAAUAUUGAAUUGACCAGCUCUGAAAAUUCAGAAAAUUGUUCAAAUUAGUGAUAACCUUCUCAUGUUGAUUAGGCAAGAAUAUAUAAAUGCAAUUUCGAGUGAGUAUAUUUAUGAAGGAUCAUUGUGAUUAAAAAAAAGUUUUUAUCGGUGUGUAUAAUUAAGGCGGAAUAAUGGAAUGCACUAAGGUAAAAGUUAGAUAUAUACAGCGAAUGGUAUGGACAGAAUUGCAAAGGAAGUAUUUACAUAAAAAAAGAGUGAGAAUAUAUCGUCUCUUAACGAUGCUACAGUUAUCAAACAAAUACAAAAAAUCAAUGUCGUAGUAAUAUUUCGGACAUAUCAUACAUCGAAGACAUUUUUUUGUAUUAGCAUCAUCGUAUUAGUAUCUAUAGACUAGUAAUGAUUAUCACUAUUAUUUUGUUCAUGAUUAUUGGCAUAUGAUUAAUUCCAUCUACCAUUCUCAUCGACUUUCUUUUGCAUUCACAUUCGUGACUAGUAACAUCAUUACUGUUAUUUUAAUUAUCCUAAUUGAUAUCACAAUUGUGAAAAAUUAAUACAAGACGGUAUUUGUUGUAAGAUACGAAUUUUAUAUAAUGUAUAAGAAUUCAAUGUCUCAAUAGUCAGUCUUCAAUGAAUGUGAGGAUAUUUAAUUUAAUUUGACUUUAAUGAAGCUCAUGAAGGCAUUAGUUACAUUUGUACUCUGUAAGACUGAAAUAAGACUGACUUGAUAGAUGUCAAAUUUUGUUCCUAAUUCAUUUUUUUUCUUAUACAGAAACUUUAAAAAAGAAUUUGUUUGAAUACCUAUUUUAGUGUUUACAACUACAGUUGACGAAUUUUUAAACAGAACAAUUUUAUUGGCCUAUACGUAGUACAUCAAAUUUUAUUUAUAUUUUCCCUCGAUUUCGUCCUUCUUGGUGGUAAGAUAGUGAUAUAUUACCAAAUAACCGACUUAUAUUAACGUAAUAGUUUACACAGUUAGCAAUUAAUCAAAUAUUAGUUGUUCUAGGAACUUAUGUUCAAAGAAUACAUAAUCUCUCAAUUGCUUUGUGUAGAAACGUCUUUACAAAACUAAUUGAACUACUUGAAAAUGGAAACAAGGGAGAAAUAUUAAGGAGGAUAAAGACUAUUUUAACCAAUCGGCACGCUAAACAUGUUCAAAAGCAGCAAUUCAACAUUAAUAUUGUCGAAGAGGUUUCUACACACGAAAUAUGAUUUACCAAAAGAAGUUUUUACAAGAAGUAAUUUCUUCAUAUUAAAGAACCUCUAGCGUUAGAGUAUAUGGCAAUAAUGUUAUCCCUGGUAUAGAAUAAUUUUAUUAGCAAAAUAUUCUUAUGUAAUUCAUGUUUAUCCCAAUGCUGGGUUAAGAGACAAAGAUUAAGUUAGAUUUUAAAUAUGUACCAUCCUGCUCAAUUACUACAUACAUACAUUUAACUAAUCAGGGACAGUAGUAAGUUACAACACAGAAUAUUUUCGAUUGAGUAUUUCUCAAAAGAGACGUGAUUUAAUAUGGCUUCUAGCAUGAGAGCAAAGCAGAGAAUAAUUGUCCAGUGUUGCACGUCCAUUUAAAAAAAAGAAAAUUCAUGAAUAAGUUUGUUUAUUCUUCUAUAAGAUAUUUGAUUAACGGAAAUGUUUUGUUAUAGUUAUACUGCAACAGAAUGAUGCUGCUACGAAUAUUGUAUACACAUUGCACUAUAAUACGCAUGUAUGAAACUAUAUUCGAUAAACAGAAAAUAUAGUAGAUAUAUACCAGAUAUAUGUGUAUAUACGUAUAUAUAUGUAUAUAUACAUAUACCUGGUACAUAUACCAAACAACGUAAAAGUAUUACAAAACUUGCAUACAAGAUAAUUUACAAACGCUAUAAUAUUAUCCAGGAAAUGAGAUAUUUCUGUGACAAAAAGAAAAAAGAAAUGAAUUGAAUUGAUUCUUGGUAUUUUUUUAGACUGCUGAACUUUUUAUGAACAGUUUGCUGUCAAAAUUUGAACAUGUUGCAUGCUCGAUAUGCUAUAAAAAGUUGACAUGUUUGCGAGGCAAAUAUAUCUUUUCUGACAUGAGAUAUUAUUAUAUAAUCAUGUUAAAAGAAAAUAAUAAUCAAAAUUACAGAUUAUUGUGAACGCAGAUCGAAAUUUUUUUCGAAAAUUUAUAAAAGAUUCUGUACUAUUACAAGACAUUUUUUACGACAUAAAAGAUAAAAGAUGUUUAGAAACAGAUAUACUGUUUCUUUUUAAUUAUAUAUUACACGUUGAGGUGGCGUAAUAACCAAAAAAAAAAAAAAAAAAGAAAGAAAAAGAAAAAAAAAAAUUAAGAGAAUUGUUCACAUUACGCUUAAUAUCUUUUAGUAUAGUUCUAUAAUCUAAAGACUAAAGUAUUUGUUAUAAAUUUGUUAAAUUGAUCCAAAUGCAGGGCGUUGAUUACAAGCUCAUGUAUCAGGUCAAGCUUAUGUUAGUUUUGAUCUAGUCAUGCAAUAGCAAAUUUAUAAUUAAUGCUAAUUAAUUUUCAAGCAGUUUGCAGCGGUGUGAUCACCGUUAUGUUAUUGACUAGCAACAGUCCAAUUUCGGUCCAAUCUUUUUUUAAUAAGAAAAGAUGAAAAUUGGAGAAUGCGUGUGUUUUAGUAUUUUACGUUUUUCAUUUAUAGAACAGAGAAUCAGUGCUCUCCUUAAGAAAUAUAAAAGAGAGGACUUAAUUAUAUUUAGAGGAAAUUAGUUAUUUAAGUUAAAAAUCGAGAGCAAGAAAGUUGCUCUUUGAAAUGUUAACACUUUCGCUGUGAAGGACGUGCAUACACGACCUUAGGUACGAUCAUUUGUUAAAAUUCUAAGUGUGUAUCCUACAUAAUAUAAAAUUUUCAUUCUUUUUGUAUGAAAUAUUUUUGAUUCCAAGAGUACCGCAGCCGAAGGAUUAACAUAGUGUUAAUAAAUAUGUCCAAACGAAUUU